AACGAAAGCACAUCUACGAAAAUACAUAUACAUACACAGAGUUUUGGAGAGAGAAAGAGAUAAGAAACAAUGGCGGGCGCAUGGGGUAAACCAGGCGCUUGGGCUUUGGAUUCAGAAGAAAAUGAAGCGGAACUCCACCAACACAAACAAGAUUCUAUUGACGGAAACUCCAUCGGCAGCUCCGACGCGGCGGAUUUCCCAUCCCUUGCGGCCGCGGCGGCGACAAAGACCAAGAAAAAGAAGAAGGGCCAAACCCUGUCUCUACCGGAAUUCACCAGUUACAGUGCCAAGAAGGGCCCCAUUUCUGGUGAGCCUUUAAACCUCCCCACCGCCCCCCGCGAGCGCUCGGCAGAGGAGCUUGAUCGAAGCCAGCUAGGUGGAGGAUUUAGAUCUUAUGGGUCUUCGUAUGACCGGCCGGCAAGGGAUGAGCAGCCGCGUCGACAGGGAGGUUUUGGUGGGGAUUCUAAUCGAGAUUUUGCACCGUCUAGGGCUGAUGAGACGGAUAAUUGGACUGUGGGGAAGAAAUCGAUUGUUAGUGAUGGAUUUGAUGGGAGAAGGAGGGGAGAUAGAGGAGGGUUUUUUUCUGAUUCGCAAACUAGGGCUGAUGAUUCCGACAAUUGGGGUUCUAAGAAGGCCUAUGUGCCCUCUGAGCCUCGGAGAUAUGAAAAAAGAAGUGGCUUUGGAUUUGAAUCCAAUAAUGGUGGUGCUGAUUCGGAUAGUUGGGCCAGGAAAAGGGAGGAGGGACGGAGAAGUGGUGGAGCAUUUGAUAAUUUGAGAGAUAGAACGGGCAGCCCUGAUUCUGACACUUGGGGGAGGAAAAGAGAAGAGGGGACUGGAGGCAGUGCCAGUAGGCCGAGGCUGAAUCUACAGCCAAGAACAUUGCCGGUAGGUGAAGGACAGAACAGUGAAAACGGGAAUGUAUCGAAGCCCAAGGGAAAUAAUCCAUUUGGAGAGGCGAGACCGAGAGAGGAGGUGUUGAAGGAGAAGGGGCAAGAUUCGAAAGAGAUUGAGGAGAAGCUCGAGAGUAUGAAGCUUAAGGAGGUUGCUGCAGGGUCCCCUAAAGGACUGGGGGCUUCGAAGAGGAGCUUUUGGAGUGGGAAUGGGAGGGAGAGGUUGCAUCAAGAGGAUAGAGCUGACAGGACUUGGAGGAGGCCCGAGUCUCUUAAUUCUCCUCCUGAGAGUGCCGAGAAAACAGAAAAUGGAUCUUCUGAAGCAGCUGAAGAUAGUGAUCCACAGAUGUGAUGUUGAGCUUUGAUGCUGAAAGUCAUCGAUGCAUUGAACACAUGAACUUCUGUUUUUUACUUUCCUGUUUUUUGUUAUUUGACUAAUGUUGUUGUGAGGUCCAACAUAGAGGCAAUUUUGUCAUAGUUACAAGUAGAAUAUCCUUAAAAGUUCCAAGGAUUGGUUGUGUACAUGAAUUCUUUGUCAUUUUAUUGAACUUCGUUUCUUUACUACUGCAGUAGUUUAAUGCUUUAA